AUGGACACUCCACUCCAGUAUACUCCAUCCAACCAGUAUCAGGCGGCUUCGGCUGCCAUCAUCUACAAGGGACAUUGUGAGCUUGAAAGGACUCGCUAUGUCUCUGGCAGAGUUACCGCCCCAGAUGCAGAACUCAAUGCCAUCUCGUCUGCAGUGCGCCUUGCUGUUAAGCAGGCGAACUGCCAACAUAUUAUAGUCUUUACUGACUCUAUGGGCUCAGCCCAUAGAGCAGUCGACCCUUCCGUGCACUCUGGUCAGGCUUUUAGCCUGUCAGUUUGUCGCGCUCUCCAAGAGUGGUUCGAAGCGGAUGACCUCCGCUGCAUCACCUUCGUCUACGUCCCAUCUGCUCUGCGAUGGGAUAUUCAUGGUGAGGCACACAAGUACGUCACCGAACUCAAAGUCAGAGUUGGACGUCGCAAGACGGAUAAUUCUAUAGACGCGCUACGCUCACGAGCCGCGCACUCAGUCCUGGAUUUGUGGGGUUCCACUUUCCAGGAUCCAACCUACCGAGGCUCUGAAUUCUUAGAGCUUCAACAGCCUGACGGGCGGCCGCUACAGCCAUCGUACCUCAAUGGGGGACCUUGGCUUUCAACAUUCGGACACAGUAUCACUGAGUUCGCCCGCGUUUGCCGGUGCAUAACUGGCCACGCGCCCAUUGGAGCGUAUUACCGUCGCUUCAAGAUCAAUGAGCCUCAUGGCUGCACUUGUGGGGCUGCUUUGCAGUCUCGCCAGCAUAUUCUCCUUCGCUGUCGCGAUCGCUACUCCGUGCAUUACCCCCGCUUUCUUGGGGAUAUUGCAUCUUUUAUGAAGUACAACCCCACGGUGUUUGGCUUCACCCGGGACCCUUCGGGGGUCGGAUAA